AUGGCAGCCGCACAGGCUCGACAAGCGGUGCAGGCGAAUAAACAUCGUAGAGAAGAAGACUUCGGGAUAGGAGAUAUGGUGUGGCUCUCGAUGAAGGACUACACAACCAAUAGGCCGAAUCCCACCCCUGGACAGGAAGACCAGGACGCAGAGCCAGUAGUGAUUACGGGCCAGCUCUACAGCGACGAGCCCGAAUGGGAAGUAGAGGAGAUUCUCACUUCGCGAUUACACUACGGAAAAGUCCAAUACAAGGCUAAGUGGGAGGGCACAAUGCAGGACAUGGAAAAUUGGUAUCCGGCUUCCAACUUCAAGGGGUGCCCUGCCCUGCUUGAAGACUUCCACGAGAGACACCCGACAUUCGCGACUCCUAGAGGCAUCAAGAAGUGGAUGACCGCAUGGCACGACGGAUUUGAACUCGAAGACGAUCCGGCUGACGACAAACCAGAGGCACCGGUUUCGGGACGAAACCGAACCAAUAAGGGGGGUAAUGUGACAGAUACAACGGGUCAGGCGAAAGGCAGAAAGAGCAGCAUCGGCUGA